GCACGCACAGCCACUUCCUUCGUGCCUCGUAGAAGGAGAUGCUGGAAGUGCCUGCUAGUGCAGCCGCCGCUGCCGCCAGCCUACGUCACAGGGAGGCGGCUGAGCAGGGGGGCCUGCUAACUUAAAAGUCCCUUGAACUCGAUCGCUCCGUCCCCCUUCUAACCCGCUUCUUUCCCGCCUGCUCUUUCGCCUCCUUCUCCGCUUCCCACUCCCCUUUGAGGCGGCCCGGUGUGCGCCCACCGUGCCCCUUUCUACUCAACGCCCGGAGCUGGCUACCCCUUGCCGCCUCCAUGCAUCCUGCCCUUUACACCCGGGCCAGCAUGAUACGCGAAAUCGCCGCGGCCGUGGGCUUCAUCUCCAAGUUCCUGCGCACCAAGGGGCUGAUGAACGAGCGGCAGCUGCAGACUUUCAGCCAGAGCCUGCAGGAGCUGUUGGCAGAACACUAUAAACACCACUGGUUCCCUGAAAAGCCAUGCAAAGGAUCGGGCUAUCGCUGUAUCCGGAUCAACCAUAAAAUGGAUCCCUUGAUUGGGCAGGCAGCACAACGAAUUGGACUCAGCGGUCAAGAACUGUUCCGGCUUCUUCCAAGUGAACUCACUCUCUGGGUCGACCCUUACGAGGUAUCCUAUCGCAUCGGAGAGGAUGGCUCAAUCUGUGUGCUGUAUGAAGCCACACCAGCAGGAGCUAGCCAAAACAGCACCAGCAUGCAAAUGGUAGACAGCAGAAUAAGCUGUAAGGAAGAACUUCUCUUGGGCAGAACCAGUCCCUCCAAGAGCUACAAUAUGAUGACUGUAUCAGGUUAAGAUAAUAGCCUAUGGAUGAAUCAUCUUAUAAUGGAUGGAUAAAAUUUGGUUUUUACUUUGGGUGGGCUCCUCUGGGGAUGGAUUAUGGAAUUUAAACCAUGUCACACCUGUGAAGACCUGGCACAAGAUAGAAUGGUAAACUUUUAUUUUAUAGUGGCAGUGCCAUAGUUUCGACAGUACCUUUCAGUGAUUUAAAUAGCCUGUGAGUAAAGAUGAUUGCUUUAUUUCCUAAGGUGUGGAGUUGUCCAAGGAAGGCUGCAGUUUUCUCCCAGAUGUCUUGCUUAAUUUUUUUCCAUUUUUUUUGAAAAAACAUCAGUUUUCAGCCUAAAGCUAUAGCUAUAAAAUUUAUUCUCUGCAGUAAAUGUUGCAGAGUAAAUUUGCACUAUUGACAUUUUUAGGAAAAAAAAUUGUUAACAUUUUUGGCAGCUCAGUAACAAGACUUGUUAUGAACAUGGUAGUACUGGAAAUUUUAUCUGACAAGACUUUUACCUAGCACUUAACAAUCUGUAUAAACUGUACAUAAGUCACACUUGGUGAGCAUGAACUGGGGAAAAUGGUCAGAUCUCUGUAUAUUGGCCUUCAAAGUAGCAAGUGAGCAGGAUCUGCUAUGCCAACAGGCUUGAGAGAGACCAUAUAAAGACACUGUCUGAACUGUGGUGUGUUUUACCAGCCAGCUAUCUGUACAUUUGCUAGCUUGUAGUUUUCUAAGACUGAGUAAACCUCUUAUUUUUAGAAAGUGGAGGUCUGGUUUGUAAUUUCCUUGUACUUAAUUGGGUAAAAGUCUUUUCCACAAACCACCAUCUAUUUUGUGAACUUUGUUAGUCAUCUUUUUUUUUUUUUUGGUAAAUUAUGAACUGGUGUAAAUUUGUACAGUUCAUGUAUAUUGAUUGUGGCAAAGUUGUACAGAUUUCUAUAUUUUGGAUGAGAAACUUUUCUUCUCUCUAUAAUAAAUUGUUUCCUAUCUUGGCAUUUUAA